AUGACUGAUCAACGUAUCUGUCCGCCAAUGAUAGAUAGAAUCAAUUCUACAUGGAAACAAAAUGGAAUAAAUGUGGCUGGAGGAAAUGGACGUGGAAAUCAAUCAAAUCAGCUCUUUCUCCCCUUUGGUAUCUCCGUCGAUGAUAAGAAAACGAUUUAUAUUGCUGAUUAUCUCAAUAAUCGCAUUGUUGAAUGGAAAUCUGAUUCGACGAAUGGUCAAGUCAUUGCAGAUGGAUAUGAAAAUAAUCGGCUCCAAACGCCAAAAAAUGUGAUUUUUGACAAAGAAAAUAAAUCUUUGAUUAUUUGUGAUCAUCAUAACAAACAAGUAAUACGAUGGUUUUAUGAAAAUGAAACAAAACAGCAAAUUCUUAUUUCGGAUAUUGAUUGUAAUGGUCUAGCAAUAGAUAAAGAUGGAUUUAUUUAUGCUAGUGACUGGAACAAGAAUGAAGUGAGACAAUGGAAAGAAGGAGAUCAAAAUGGAAGAAUAGUUGCUGGUGCAAAUGGAAGAGGAAAUCAACUUAAUCAACUGAAUUCUCCUUCUUUUAUCUUUGUUGAUAAAUAUUAUUCUCUUUAUAUAUCAGAUGAACAAAAUCAUCGUGUAAUGAAAUGGAGAAAAGAUGCAAAAGAAGGAAUUGUUGUUGCUGGUGGGAAUGGUCAAGGAAAUAGUCUCAACAAAUUGUUCGGUCCUGCAGGAGUAAUUGUUGAUCAUGUAGGUCAAAUAUAUGUAGCAGACACGGAGAAUGAACGGGUAAUGCGUUGGUCUGAAGGAGAUAAAGAAGGUGAAAUUAUUGUUGGUGGAAACGGAAGAGGAAGCGAGCCAAAUCAAUUGGAUGGUCCCAUUGGUUUAUCAUUUGAUAUCGAAGAAAAUCUUUAUGUCGCUGAUUCUGGUAAUCAUCGAGUGCAAAAGUUUUUAAUUAAUAUCUAA